UUCAAACACACCUCGAUGCCUCUGCCUAGCGUGGCGGUGGCGAUGGCGGCGGUGGUGGUGGUGGUGAUAGCGGAUGGUGUGGCCGGGUGGGAUAUCAGAGGCACGGAUGGAGUGAACAGUACCACCCAGGCGCCUCUGUACGGCCAGCAACCCCGCGCCGCAAGGAUUCUGUCAGGGGUUGCUAAAGAGGAGGUGCGGCGCCCUUUCGAGCUUUCCACCAGCCUGGGAGUGAUCGCUGGUGUGCAGGAGCUUACUGAACUACCCCACCGCUCCUUCUUCGCCUUCAGGGGCAUCCCGUUCGCAGAGGCUCCUGUGGGAAGGCUGCGGUGGGAGGCGCCAAAGGAGACUAAUGGGCGGUGGGCGGGGGGGUAUCUGGACGCCACCCAGUACCGCCCCUUCUGCCCCCAGUAUGACCCCAACACCCGACAAGUACUGGGGGAGGAGGACUGCCUUUAUCUCAAUGUGUACACGCCUGUCCUGCCCCAUCAAAGCCCCGCCAAGCUUCCCGUGUUGGUGUUCCUACACGGGGGCGGCUACCUGAUGGGCGCCGCCUCGUCCCUGGGCCCCCACAAGCUGCUCAGGAAGGACAUCGUGCUGGUGACGGUUAACUACAGGCUGGGGGCGCUUGGGUUCCUCAGCACGCGGGACACCACACUACCGGGGAACUAUGGCGCCCUGGACCAGGUGGCUGCGCUGCGCUGGGUCAGGACACACGUGGACCAGUUCGGCGGGGACCCAACCCGUGUCACUUUGGGCGGCUUCUCCUCCGGCGCCGCCCUCGUGCACCUCCACCUCCUGUCCCCGUUAUCUAAGGACCUCUUCUCAAGCGCAAUAAUGAUGAGCGGGGCUGCCAACUGCCUGUGGUCUGUGGCGCGCUACCCUGAAACAGCCGCGUAUCAGCUGGCGAGGGACCUAGACUGCUCCUCCGCCUCCGUGUAUGGGAUGCGCGAAUGCCUGAUGGACAAGACUGCGCAGGAGAUCGUCACGGCGCAGGCUGAUAGACAUCGCUACGUGUACUGGCCCAUGCUAUAUCGCCCCGUGGUGGACGCUGGGCUGAGAGAUGACCCCUUCCUACCAGAGCCUGUGGAGAGUCUGGCCGCCCGUCCCCCGCUGCGCCCCGCCGUGCCGCUCCUGCUGGGGGGAGUGCCGAAGGAGGGUCUACUGUAUGCUCUCACUGCUAUCGUGUUCUCUGAGGGUGGCACAAACCCAGAGGAACUGUAUAAAGAGGCAGCCUUGUACACGGUGGAGUCCCUGUGGCCGAACACAACCACUGCUGCUGCUGUGGCCGAGAUCGUGGCUUCCUACUAUUACUCCAGUCACGCCAGACACGACCUCAACACUCUGGCCGAGGAAAUGACGGAGGCCUUCACUGACACACUGUUCACGUCAUGCAUUUGGGAAGCUGCUGGCCUCUAUGCCGCCUCCGCCAGAACUCCUGUCUACACGUAUCUGAUGGAGCACCACGACCCUGCCUCACCCUCCUACACAGCCCCACUCUUUGGGCCGGCAGAGGGUGCAGGAGUGGCUGGCUUGGGGCGUUCUGAUCUGCUUUUCGGCGCUUCACACGGGGAUGACCUCGCCCUGCUCUUCACGCUGCCCUACCGCCUUGGCACACCAGGCCCCAGAGACCACCGGAUGUCCUUGAUGCUGGCUGACAUGUGGGCAGCCUUCAUGCACACCGGAUCUCCACAGGAAGGGGAAGCCAGCCAGCUGCCGCCCUGGGAGCCCCUGAGGCCUGGCGAGCCCGUCCUGUACUACACCAUAUCCUUCAGCCCCACCAUGUCCUUCAAGCCCUUCAGGAACAAGGAGCAGAAUCUAUGGCACCAGACUCUCUAUCACGUGGACUCCACAUCUGAAGUGUCAUAUGCAUUCUCUGUGGCCACAUGGGCACUGCUGGCUCUGGUGUUGUUAUUGGUGAUGGCAAUAGUGGUGGUGUGUGUCAGUGUGUGGAUGUUGCGCCGCAAGGACAAGUACCCUGGUGGCUCCCUGACACUCAGGCACAGGAUCUCUCGCAACCCAUCCAUCACUGGUUCUUUCAACACCUAGUCACCAGCAGCCCCCCAGGCACUCACAGGUAUGGUGGCCAAUGGCUCACCAUAAUAGUACUACUUGAACUGCUGAGUCUAAAUAAACUAUUGUUGAGCAUUAUAUCAACAAAAUAUGAACAAAAUUGUCCGGGAGUUGAGAAUCAUAUUAAGAGUAUGUGUAUCAUUGUUUACUGAAUGAAAGGGUGAUACUAUGGGACGGCUGUUAAUGAAGUUUGUUUAGUAUCCAUCAGUGUGAUGCAGCGCGGAGGGUGGACAUCACCCAGGAGGUGCCAGGCACCAAGCACUGCUGUGGCACAGGUCCUACAGGGUGACAUAACUAGUAACUUAAGAGUUGUAUGUACAGUAUAUAAUUUCCUUUAAUUUAAGGUGAGUGUCUCAAAGAUAUGUAUGUUGAAAUUACUGAGUUAAAAGAAAAUUAUUAUAUUUUUAUUUUUUAAUUUCUGGUAAUGUACAGGUUUUGGCAGUACUAGUUUUCAUAGAGUGCCAAAUAAAUAUAACUAUGUACACUGAUUUGUACACCACACAAUAGUUCUUUAUAGGUUUUUUAUGUAAAAUAAAUUCAUCUUACACACAAAUUAUCUUUAAAACAGACAAUGAAUUUAGCUUUCAUGCAAAUUUUAAAAAUGAAAAUAAGUUUGAGAGUUCUGUUGGUGGUUUUAUUGAGUAAGUCUGGGUCCAGACAAGGUGGCAGUGGUGGACAGCGAGUCAUGAUGCAUGUAGUAUUCCACUCCCCGUAACAUUUCACACAAGACAGUGGAUAAUUCAAUGGAUAAUUCAAGUGCUUCACCAUCAACACUAUUCCAUUGAGGAGGAUAUUUACAGCCUGUUCUUCAAAAAUUAUUAAACAAUAAAAAAAAAAAAAAAAA